CACUACCAUAGGGUGCCAGCCAACAUUUCUUAAAUUAAUUAAAAAUCAGCCAGGCAUUUUUUAAACCUUUAAACUGCAGAAGAUGAAGGUCAGAGUAUGGGGCAACGUCAGUAACAGAAUUACAGGUAAUCUGUGAACAUGACUGAUUUUUAGUGAAUUUUAACAGAUUAUGAGAACUCAGAGAAAAAAAAUCCAAAAGGCAUCUGGUUUCCCCCUCUCUUUAGACUUUGAGCUCACUAUUCUCUGUGACUGUUUUGUGUAUCGCCAUGAAAAUUGAGAGGGUUGUUAAGCAAGCGUUUCUGAGUUCAGGACUAUAAGUUUUGUAAGGUUUUGUUUUGAAAUGAGCUUAUGGGAAGCCUCAGAAGGGCAUGGGGGGUAUUUUCAAUUUAACAUUGCGGAAUGUGAAAAAUCCACGCUGGCCACAGUAGUAUUCUGCCGCUCUCGUGGCUGUAUAAUCAUGAUAGAAGUGUGUCGCCUGGGCAGGGGAUGUUACGAGUGCCAAACACUGUGGGACCCAAACGAUGCAUGGGAGUUAGUUUCUGGCUGCAUGCAGGAGGAGGCCAUUGUUUCUCGGAGCCUCUAAGCUGCUUUAAACGAUUCUUCUUUGUGUUUUGGGAGAAGGUGUCUCUUCCUGAGCGACGGCCGUGCCAAUGUGUGUGGUGCGUUUUGCACAAGUGCGAAGGAGUGGUUCCCUGCCCCAAAGAGCACGCAGCGCAAAAGAUAACACGGGCGAGAAAGCAGAACUACAGAGACAUUGGGGAAGAAAAUGUUACUGCCUUGUCGUCUGGAGGCUGAGUUCCUGUGAGGGGGUCCAGGUGAGGCAGCUUGGGGCCCUCCAAGCGUCUUUGGCUGGCCACGUCUUCCGAAACAUCUGGCAAAGGCUGCAUUGAGGGGGAGACGUAAGGAUGCCCCAGGCGGUUGAUGUUUAGCAGCUAGAGGGGAGCCGGCUCCCCCACAUGCCUCCCGCCCUCCACUACAUCCGCCUCCUUCGCAGGGAGGGCGCCCAAGCUUUUCAACAGAGCAGCUCUCCUGGGAGCGCAGAGUACUGGGUUUUCAUUCUAAGUAACCCCGACACGGCAUAUGAUGGAAAGCGCUGUCCCCGCCUGGCAGAUGGAGACGGAGAGGAGGAGAGGCGGCUGGGGGACGGUCCAGGUGGCUCCAGAAGGUCAGUAAGAUGCACUGUGGCUGCGUCCCCGAGGGGGUCCCUUCUCUCCCCAGCUCCUACUGGAUAUCAGGCCUGGCCUUCCCAGACUGGGCUUACAAGGCCGAAUCCAGCCCCGGCUCCCGCCAGAUCCAGCUCUGGCACUUUAUCCUGGAGCUGCUUCAGAAGGAGGAGUUCCGGCACGUCAUCGCCUGGCAGCAGGGGGAGUACGGGGAGUUUGUCAUCAAGGACCCCGACGAGGUGGCGCGGCUGUGGGGCAGGCGGAAGUGCAAGCCCCAGAUGAACUACGACAAGCUGAGCCGGGCCCUCAGGUAUUAUUACAACAAGCGCAUCCUGCAUAAGACCAAAGGCAAGAGGUUCACCUACAGGUUCAACUUCAGCAAACUGAUCUUCAUCAACUACCCGCUGUGGGGCAUCCCGUCUCCUUCCCGGCCACUGUUGAUGGGGGCUGCCGGGAUGUACCGACCUCAUGGGGGGAGUGUCAGUGCACAGACAGAAGUACCUGAAGGGGUAGAAAGUGGGUUCUGGCAGCUACAUAAGGGGGGAGAGCUUUGGGGGGGAGGAAAGCCCCGGCCCCUCGAUCCUCUCCGGAGCGCCGGACGGCAAAUCAAGGCAGGGCGAGCGCGCCACGUUCCCGCAGACGCGCGUUGGGAAGAGCGCAGCGCCUUGGAGAGGCUCCGCCGGGAGGGGGGAGCCCGGAGCGAGGAGGGAGCGCGCAGCCCCAGCCUAUGGCCCAGCCGGUGCCCGGCGUGCGGGGCCACUGAGCCGCCCCGCCGCCGGCCGGAGCGGCGAGAACAGCAGCGCCAGCAGCGCAGCAGCAGCUGCUCCGAGUCCUUGCCUGCUGCCAAGGUCAGUGCGACCGUAGGCGAGGACGGGGGCGCGGCGCGAUGA